GUUUGCCGCUGUUGUUCGUGUGAAGAAGAUAAGUUGAGUUGGUUUCAGUGCAGUGAGCAGCAGGCAAAAUGCCAUCGUUUAUAACAUCUGAAAUGGAAAAAGCCAAUAAAAAAUUCAUAGAAUUAGUGAAAAAAUAUCCGUGCAUUUGGAAUAGAGAUUCUGAAAAUUAUAACCAUAAACCACAAAUGGAUGAAGCUUGGCAUGAAAUUUCGAAAGAAAUGGGCGACACACCUAAGACGUGCCUUAUACACUGGCAAAAGAUUCGAAGAGCGUAUGCCAGGUCAUUUAGAAUAAAUGCAAAUGGAACAUUUCAAAAAAGCGAAUAUUACAUGUCGAGCUCCCUCGAAUUUGUUCGGCCUCAUCUAAAACUAGGUUGUCAAAUCAACAAUGCUGACAGCGGUGGCGAAGGCGGUAGCAGUAACAAUAAAAAAUAUACCAGUGAUGCAGAUGAUUCACGUACCUCUACAACGGAUAUCGAAAUCAAAGAAGAACCUCUAGAUUCUGAUGAAGAUGUUAAGCCCUUAGAUAACGCCGAAAAAGUUCUAUUUGAAAUAAUUAAAAUGGAGGAUGAAGAUGAUGAUGAAGAAGACCAAAAAUUCGAAGUCAUAUCAAUAGAGUUAUCAAACUCUCCCUCCCCCAAUAAACGCAAAAGAGAAACUGAUUCAAACGAAGAAAAUGAAACAAUAGAUCCCAAAGAAAAAGUAAAGAACGAUCUUCCGAAUUUAAGUUUAAUUGAAGCCAACAGAAAGUUUUUUGAGAGUUUGAUUCCUUUCAUUGAUGAUAUGAAUACUCAGCAAAACCGCCGUUUUAGACGCGAAAUAAUGUGUCUGGUGGAUGAUGUUUUGGAUGACAGAGACAUCGAUGGGACAAAUAGUAGUUGCUAAGAAGAGAAAUAAAUAAUUUUUCUUUAAAUUAAGUUUCAUUAUAGGUUUAAUAAAAAGAAUGUAAAAAAGA